AUGGUCACAACAUGUACAUCUACACAACCAGCAACAACAGCAGCAAUAAAUGACUCAGGAGCAACUCCACCAGAAGAAAAGGAAACAACAAAUGAAAUGCACAGUGUAGCAAGCAGUGACUGUGAAGUGCUAACACACCUCCUGAAGGCAGCACUAGGCACGGGUGUCUUAGCAAUGCCAAUCGGCUUCAAGAAUGCUGGUCUGUCGAUGGGUGUGUUGGGAUCAGUGCUGGCCACCGCUGUCUGCACACACUGUGCAUACUUAGUUGUGAAGAGUGCACACAUAUUGUAUGUGCGUACCAAAGUCAAUGCCAUGACCUUUCAGGAAGUAGGAGAGGUCACAUUUGCCACUGGUCCUGACUGGGGCAAGAAGUUCAGCCGUACUGCCAGGUACACUAUCCUUAUAGGUUUGUUUGCAACAUACUUUGGCACCUGCAGUGUGUACACAGUCAUUGUGGCCAACAACAUUCAACAGGUGGUGGAGCACUACACCAAUACAUCAUCAGAUCAGCGCUGGUACAUAGCAGGAACACUACCACCACUUAUCCUGCUUGGUUGGGUACCCAGCCUAAAGUGGCUUGUGCCAGUAUCCAUGACUGCUAAUGUUUCCAUGACUGUUGGCCUGGGCAUUACUCUGUACUACCUAGUCCAGGACAUACCUCCUAUUUCGGACCGGGUGCAAUUUGCACAUCCUUAUGGAUGGCCUCAGUUCUUCAGCAUUGUCAUCUUUGCUGUUCAAGCUAUUGGGGUUGUAAUGCCACUUGAGAACGGUAUGAAGACCCCUAGGGAUUUUAUUGGGUUUUGUGGUGUUCUCACUCAGGCGAUGACUUUACUUUGUGUGAUUUACACAACAAUUGGAUUUCUUGGAUACCUCAAAUAUGGUGAUUCUACUCAGGGCAGCAUCACACUCAACUUGCCAGUACAGGAAGUUGCUGCUCAGUCUGUAAAGAUUCUAAUUGCAUUUGGAGUUUACUGCACAUAUGGCCUUCAGUUUGUUGUGCCAGUUCAGAUGUUACUAAAUGCUACAAGAGAUAAGUUUCCUGUAAGCCCUCUUCUGGUUUCAUAUAUUGUAAGGACACUCCUUGUUACUGCAACAGUUGGUCUGGCAGUUGCAGUGCCCACAAUAGGGCCAUUCAUGUCUCUUAUUGGUGCUCUUUGCAUGUCUGUACUUGGUAUCAUGGUACCAGCACUUAUUGAAGUUGUUACAUUCUGGGAUAGUGGACUUGGACGUUUUAAUUGGCUACUUUGGAAAAAUUUGUUGGUGUGUGUAUUUGGAUUAAUGGCACUUAUGUUUGGUACCUAUACCAGCAUAGAAGAAAUUAUUCUGGUGUAUUCAAGUGAUGAGAAAUUAAGGAUUCUCCAAAACUGAAGAAUGACUUCAACCACUUCAGAGAUGAAGAUAAGACAUAAUUCAAAUGUUACAUGCAUCUGCAGAAUAUAUAUUGCAGUUUUUGGCAUGAGUGAUAUCCAAUGAAACUAAAAGGAUUUUACUUUUUUUUUUUAACUUGUGCAGUUUAUGUCAAACAUCAGUGAUUGGUGUAAAUGCAGUUUUGGAGCAGUACCAAAAUUGCUAUUCAUUGAUUUAAUAAAUAAGAAGAAAGGAGGACUAAGCACAUAAUAA